AGUUAAAUGGCGUUGAGCGCAGCCGCCGCUGCACGUUCACGCUUUUAGCGCAGCGCCUUCUGUUCUCCAGUGUGUUCUAUCAGAAGGCUCCAGACUGGGUGUUGCAUCUGCUGCAGUCAUGGCCAAGCGCAGGAUCACUCAGGACACCUUUGAUUCAGUGGUCAGAGAAAACAUCGAUGAUUUUGACAUGGAGGAAAGUGAAGCUCUGAAAGAGGCCAUUGAACAGUUCGAAUCUCAGGGUGUGGAUCUCAGCAACAUUGUGAAAGCAGUGCCGAAGGUUUCUUCUGAAGAAAACGCACAGGAUCAAACCCAUGAGGUUUUGCAGGCUUUAGAGUCUCUGAAAAGCGCAGUGUCGUCUUCAUCCACAUCUGUGUUGGAUGACCUGAGACUCUUCACCGAUCAGUGCAAUCUGGGCUUCGCUCAGAGAUACCUGGCUGCUCAGAAAGACGCGUAUCCCACAAUCCUAAGCUGCUGCCAGAAAUCCGCCGGAGAUAAGGAGGCUCUUUCUGUGGCUCUGGCUGCUCUCUGUGCGCUGACCGAUGGCCAGCCGGAUCUGCUGGAUGAGGAGGGGAAGCUGUUUUUAAUCCGGGUUUUGACUGAGCAUCAGCACCAGCAGGACGCGGGUGUGGUCUGUCUGUGUGUGCGUACCGUGCGGAACUGCUGUCUGAAGCACGAAAACAACCGUCAGGAUCUGGUGAAGGCCGGAGUUCUCCCUCUGCUGGCCGGCAGCAUCACGCGGUACUUACAACAUCCCGAGGUUGUGCGAGACGCCUGCGUGGCGCUCAGGGUCAUGACCUUUGAUGAUGACGUGCGGGUGCCGUUUGGACACGCCCACGAACACGCCAAGAUGAUCGUGUUGGAGCAGAACGGACUGAAAGUCAUGGUGGAAGCUGCUAAAGCUCAUCCUGAAAACACAUCAGUGCUCAGUGAACUCUGUGCCACUCUCUCGCGUCUGGCUGUGAGAAACGAGUUUUGUCAGGACAUCGUAGACCUUGGAGGCCUGAAAUUCAUGAUCACACUCCUGGCGGACAGUCUGGAUUGUCAGGAGCUGGUGAAGCAGGUGCUCAGCGCUUUAAAGGCCAUCGCAGGAAAUGAUGACGUCAAAGAUGCCAUUGUGAACGCGGGCGGGGCGGAGCUUAUCGUCAUGGCGAUGAAUCGUCACAUGGCCAAUGCACAGGUGUGUGAGCAGGGCUGUGCAGCGCUGUGUGUUCUCGCUCUCCGCAAACCCAACAACUGUAAGGUGAUCAUGGAGAGUGGAGGAGCUCUGGCAGCUCUGCAGGCCAUGAAGACUCAUCCAGCUGAGGCAAACAUGCAGAAACAGUCCUGCAUGCUGCUGAGGAAUCUGGUGGCGCGUUCGCGGGACUUUACCCAGCCCAUUCUGGAGAUGGGAGCGGAGGCGCUGAUCUCUCAGGCGCUGGCAGCCCACCGGGACUGUGGAGAUGUGGGUCGGGCUGCGCUCCGAGACCUCGGCUGCCAGGUGGAGCUGCGAGAGCUGUGGACUGGCACCAAAGGAAGCCUGAGUCACUGAAACACUUAGACCAGGGGUGGCCAACCCUGCUCCUGGAGAGCCACCUUCCUGCAGAUUUCAGUUGCAACCCAUAUCAAACACACCUGAACCAAUUAAUUAGGACCUGAACUCCACGUGAUAAUUACAGGCAGGUGUGUUUGAUAUGGGUUGCAACUGAAAUCUGCAGGAAGGUGGCUCUCCAGGAACAGGGUUGGCCAUCCCUGACAUAGACGUACACACACACACAAACUCUCUGAUGGUGGAAAGUACAGGUGUAAAUGCCCUUCCAAAUGCAAACACACAUAUAGACACACACACACACAAACACACACAAACUCUCUGAUGGUGGAAAGUACAGGUGUAACUGCCCUUCCAAACGCACACACAUACAAACACACACAGACACACACAGACAUAGACACACACACACAAACUCUCUGAUGGUGAAAAGUACAGGUGUAACUGCCCUUCCAAACGCACACACAUACAAACACACACAGACAUAGACACACACACACACACAAACAAACUCUCUGAUGGUGAAAAGUACAGGUGUAAAUGCCCUUCCAAAUGCAAACACACAUAUAGACACACACACACACACACACACACACACAAACUCUCUGAUGGUGGAAAGUACAGGUGUAACUGCCCUUCCAAACGCACACACAUACAAACACACACAGACAUAGACACACACACACACACACACACACACACAAACUCUCUGAUGGUGAAAAGUACAGGUGUAACUGCCCUACCAAAUGCAAACACACACACACACAUAUACAAAUAAGCACACACAAAAUGCACAUAUAAAAACAUACACACACACACACACACACACACACACACACACCACAGCUUGCAGGUCAGACUCUGUGUGAGAAUCGCAGGGUGACCAUAUGUGUCAUUUUAAUAAUAAUGAUGAUGAUAAUAAUAAUAUAUAUAUGUAAUUUAUAUAUGUAAAUUUCUCAUUUCUAGACGCCUUACGACCAACAUGCCAAAAACAGUUCAAUAAAACAUUGCCAGACAUCAUUUCAAAUACAUCAAAGAUGAGAAAGUUUUAAAUCCAAACACAUCUUUAACAAACUUAUAGAAAAAUAACCCUAAGAGUCCUUCUAUCACAGGCCAGGAUCUCUAUAUUGUUUAACAUAUCCAGCUGCUGUGUGCCGACUGAUCACUGUGCGACAUAUGUGUGUGUAUAUAUAUAUAUAUAUAUAUAUAUAUAUAUAUAUAUAUGUGAAUCCAUGUACUAUCUGUAUCUUUAACUCGCUCUCGUGAUGUUUUCUGAAGAUUCUAAAACUGUUUGAAAGAACAGACGAACUCAAAUGUUGCAGAAAAAGGUUCUAUAAACAUUCCAUUACUUAAGAACAGACAUGCAGAAUGAACAUUCUGUUAAUGACAAUGAUGAUGAAUAUGUUAUACAAAUUUGGCAGAAAUAUAUCCACUUCUAAAAAACCUUCGUUAAAUAGCUAUUAAUAUAGUUUUUUAUAUGUUAGUACUGCUGAAAUGAAGACUUGUGGCUCAUUGCAGGAGAUUUUUUUUUAGGUUAAAGAGCUAUUUUGAAGGUAAAACGGCAAUGCUUAAUUUAUAUCAGUGGAAAAACACAGAGAACAUUACUAGAAUGUUCAUGCAUGUAAUAGUUUAUGUAAGAAAAAAAAAUAUUUAUGAAUGUUAAAAAAGAUUCAAAUCUUUCUUAAACUGAGUGAUUCUUGACUCACUGAAUCUGAAAAAGAAUCAUUCAGAAUAGUUUUAGUAACAAUCGUCUAAUUGUUCAAAUCAGUCUCCAUCUGAUUAAUUCAUAAAUGUGAAUCACUGUUAUUCUUGACGCACUGAAUCAGUCAAAAUAAAAUAUUCAUUACAGUUUUU